AUGAGUUUAUACGGCGGAAUAUUCUUCGAGGAGGAAGAGAAGAAGGAAGAAAAGAAGGAACCUUCGCCAGAGCCUCAGCCACAAGAACCAGCAGCGCCUCAACCAGCGCCCAAACCACAGAACUGGACGGCAUCGCUCAAGUUCGCGCCAGUAGCGAGAAGGAGUAAGGCAGCAACAAAGCCAUCGUUGCCGCCGGUGCCUUCAGCGUUCGCCAGUGCGAGUGCGAUUCCAUCGAGCUCGGCGGCGUCCUCAUCGAGCAGCACGCCCAAGAAGGGUGACGAGGGUGCUGGUGUGGAAAGAGGCGGGCUAGAUUCUCACAACACGCAGACUACCGGCAAUGUAAACGAGAGCACACUCCAAGCACGAGCAGAAGCAGAUACAUCAGCAGACACAGCACAAAUCACACAAAACACUUCACUCAAACCACCCCCAAUGACAAUCUCAGAUGAAGAGCUAGACGAUGCAGCACAUAUGAGCGGGAAUUAUCGCCGAGUACUCACCAAAAAAGAGAAGAAAAUGAAGAAAAAGGGCCAGCUACCAGUAGCAGGACCCAACUGGAACGAUGAGUAUGAUCCGUACAAGCCGACGGACUAUAUGGAGUACAAGCGUUUUGCUGAGUUUUUGAAAGAGGAGAGGAUGGCGAGAAGGGCUGAGGAGUUGUCUAGACAGCACAACGACUACAGUUCGUCUGAGUAUUCGGAGAGCGACGAUGAGGAGGGAGGAGAAGAACGUGGUGGACGUGGUGAUAAAGAUAAAUUCAAAAUGUUUGCACCACCAGAGGUAUACGACAGUGAUGCACACGCUCCAACGGCUAUCGACAAGGAGGAAACGGGCGACGAGGUGUUUCAGAGACGGUUGGCUAUGUCGAGCGCUAACGCUCAGCAAGCGCGUAUGCAGGGUGAGAAUGUGGGUGGUGUCGAGGGUGUAUCUGAGGUAGAAUCGAAACAGGAGGUACAGCAGCAAGCAAAGCAGCAAGACGAACAGCCCGACAAAGCACAGAUACAACCACCUCAACCACCUCAACCACCUCAACCACCCCCUCCCUCUCAAACACCCGAAGAUAGACUGAAAGCAUCACAGGCAGCAGCUGCAAGUAUUGCAGCCAAGUUCAGCAAGCUGGUGCCACAGAAGGCGUCCACAGAGGUGCAAACGCCGCAACUGCCAGUGCAAUCGACACAAGUUGCACCAGAAGUGUCAGAAGUAGACGACUUUCUCUCCACGAUUGAAGAAUCAACAGUGUCGAAAGAGCAGCAGGAGAGAGGAGAGAACAAGGCUAAUUUUGCACAGCGAUUUAUGGCAAAGCAGGGCUGGAAAGAGGGAGAGGGACUUGGAGCGCACAAGACGGGAAUCAAGGAAGCUUUGUCGUUGGAAAAAAGUGAAAGUGGCAGUGGGGAGAUCAAGUCAACAGAGGAGAGUGGGCUGGAUAAGCAGGCGAGAGAGAUGUUUGGGGAACCAUCCAAAACCAUCCUUCUGAGGAAUAUGGUCAAGUUACACGAAGUCGACGAUGAUCUGUCACAGGAAGUUGCUGAGGAGUGCAAUAAGAAUGGGAUCGUGGAAAGAGUGGUUGUGCAUACACCGCAAGUGUAUAUGGAGGAGAGCGAUGCUGUGAAGAUCUUUGUCAAGUUUUCAGGAUUAGUUGGUGCAUAUAAGAACGGGUAUGUAUGA